ACCAUUUUUAAGUAUUCCAACUCUGCAUUAAGUUCACUGCAAGGUUUUCUUAUUUAGGAUCAUAAGAGAGGAGGAGGAAGAAGAAGAAGAUAAGACAAUGAGCACUACCAGAUUUAUCAAGUGUGUAACAGUUGGAGAUGGAGCUGUGGGAAAGACUUGCAUGCUUAUCUCCUACACCAGUAAUACCUUCCCAACGGAUUAUGUUCCGACAGUGUUUGAUAACUUCAGUGCUAAUGUAAUGGUGGAUGGUAGUUCUGUGAAUCUUGGCUUAUGGGACACUGCAGGGCAAGAAGAUUACAACAGGUUAAGGCCUUUGAGUUACAGAGGAGCUGAUCUGUUUUUGCUGUGUUUUUCUCUCAUAAGCAAAGCCAGUUAUGAGAACAUUUCCAAGAAGUGGAUUCCUGAGCUGAAACAUUAUGCUCCAAAUGUGCCUGUCGUGCUAGUUGGAACAAAACUGGAUUUGCGAGGUGACAAGCAAUACCUAAAGGAUCAUCCAGAAGCCACUCCAAUAACUACCGCCCAGGGUGAAGAACUAAAGAAACUGAUAGGGGCAGUAACAUAUAUAGAGUGCAGCUCCAAAACACAACAGAAUGUGAAGACAGUUUUUGAUGCUGCAAUCAAGGUCGCCUUGAGGCCAUUAAAGCCAAAGAGGAAACCACCCAAGAGAAGGACUUGCGCUUUCUUGUUUCAGCUUUUUUGACAUGGAACCCCUAUUUUUGCUUAUCCCUAGCUUUGAUUCUAAAUAUAUUAAGACAUUCUUGUGUUAUUUGAUUAGUUUCCUGGGGAAAGAAUUCGUCUCAAUAAUUAUUAGCCGUCCUUAGAUUAAGUUAAACUGUGUUACUCUGCAGUUUCUUGCUGCUUAUAGUUUUCUUGUUCUGUACUUGGCUUCAUAUAAAUAUCAUUAGUGCAGAGGCUUUCUUUCUGGAA